UCUGUCACCCCUCUCCCCACCCCCUCCUGGGAGUGAGGGGAGGGCGGUGAGCUCGGCGGAGACUGGCGGGGGGUUGAAGAGAGUUGGAUGAUUGAACUUUUUCUCUCGCCCCCCCCCCCUCCUCGCCGAGUUUGUUCUGCGCGCCGAGGCUGCCUCGUCUCGCCUCCUUUUGGCUCAGUGGCGCGCGCCGAGCGUCCUGAAGGCGGCUGCCGUUGGGGCUUCGCUGCUGCUGCUUCUUCCUCCUCCUCCUCCCGCGCUUCCUUCUCGCCGGCGCGCAUUAUACACAAAGCCAUGGGGUUUCAGGAGCCCGGCGUGCCUUUGACCCUUCUCCUCUGGAUUACGGCUUCUUCCUGGGGCUGCCUCCCCGGCGUGGCGGCCGGCGGCGGAGGCGGCGCUGCUGCUGCUGCAGGAGAGGCGGCUCGCAGGCAGGACGACUCCUUCUCGGCGGCCAGCGUCUACGGAGCGAGGUGCACCUCCAGGUGCCUCAGUCUGCAGAUCACGCGCAUCUCCGCCUUCUUCAAGCAUUUCCAGAAUAAUGGUUCCUUAGUCUGGUGCCAGAAUCACAAACAGUGUUCAAAGUGUCUGGAGCCCUGCAAAGAAUCCUGGGACUUGAAGAAAAACCAUUGCCAAAGUUUCUGUGAGCCUCUUUUCCCCAAGAAGAACUAUGAAUGCUUAACUAGCUGCGAAUUCCUCAAAUACAUCUUGUCGGUGAAGCAAGGAGACUGCCCAGCACCCGAGAAGGCCAGCGGCUUUGCGGCUGCCUGUGUUGAAAGCUGUGAGGCUGACAGCGAAUGCUCUGGUGUGAAAAAAUGCUGUUCCAAUGGAUGUGGGCAUACAUGCCAAGUACCCAAAAACUUAUACAAAGGUGUCCCUUUGAAACCCAGAAAAGAAUUAAAAUUCAGUGAACUUCAAUCUGGACAGCUGGAGGUGAAGUGGUCUUCAAAAUUCAAUAUCUCUAUUGAGCCUGUGCUUUAUGUGGUGCAAAGGAGAUGGAACUAUGGGAUUCACCCCAGCGAGGACGAUGCUACCAGUUGGCAAACUGUAGCUCAGACUACAGAGGAGAGAAUACAACUGUCCGACAUCAGGCCAAGCAGGUGGUACCAAUUCCGAGUGGCUGCCAUUAACGUGCAUGGAACUAGAGGCUUCACAGCUCCUAGCAAACACUUCCGCUCUUCGAAAGACCCAUCAGCUCCACCAGCGCCAUCUAAUCUCCGAAUUGCCAACUCAACAGUGAACAGUGAUGGAAGUGUAAGUGUCAAGAUUAUUUGGGAUCUUCCAGAGGAACCUGACAUUCCAGUCCAUCACUACAAAGUCUUCUGGAGUUGGACAGUCAAUAGCAAGUCUUUUGUCCCAGCUAAAAAGAAGAGAAGGAAGACUACAGAUGGGUCCCAGAAUUAUGUAGUUCUCGAAGGCCUACAGCCAAACAGUAACUUCAUGGUGGAACUGCAGGCAGUUACAUACUGGGGUCAAGUACGCCUGAAAAGUGCCAAAGUGUCUCUUUACUUCAGUUCCACUCAGACAGCUGUUAACAAAGAACAGGUAUCUAUGGUUGAGAAAGCAACUGAUGCUGCUCCAUCCUUUAAAGGAAGAAGACCCACUCGUCUUCUUGAAAUCGGAGUGCCUUUUUAUCAAGAUGAUCAACUUCAGGUGAAAGUCUAUUGGAAGAAAACAGAAGAUGCCAGUAGCAGGAGCAGAUAUCAUGUCCAAUGGUUCCCAGAGUCUUGUCUCCACAAUGAUACAAAAGGGCCUGAAAAAUCCAGUGGUAUAACUUAUGAAAACUAUAUAAUUCUUCAAGACCUGUUAUUUUCCUGCAAAUACAAAGUUACAGUCCAGCCAGCAAGAUCCAAAGGCCAAUUAAAGGCUGAAAGUAUUUUCUUUACUACUCCACCUUGUUCUGAUCUUAAAGGAAAGAAGCACAAGCACAUCAGUUGCCCCACUGAAGGAGUUCCAAUCGUCCCCAAAGUGCUGGCCAAGCCCGAGAAUCUUUCUGCCUCUUUCAUUGUCCAGGACAUCAACAUUACUGGGCACUUUUCCUGGAAAAUAUCAAAAGUAAAUCUUCACCAACCCAUGACAGGGUUCCAAGUCACUUGGGCAGAGGUUACAACUGAGAGCAGGCAAAACAGCUUGCCCAACAGCAUUAUUUCCCAGUCACAAAUACUGCCAGUAGAUCAUUAUGUACUGACAGUUCCCAACCUGAGGCCAUCGACCCUCUACCGUUUAGAAGUACAAGUUCUGACAACAGGUGGAGAGGGACCAGCUACAAUAAAAUCAUUCCGAACACCUGAUUUGCUGAUGUCUCCACACAGACCUCAUCUGAAGCAACACCACCCACAUCAUUAUAAGCCGCCACCUGAAAAGUACUAAAUUGCAUUGGAUUAUUAACUAACUGGAAAAGAACAUAAAAGAGCUCUUGCGAAAAUAUCAGAAAAACGCAUCUAUACUGGACUAUGAAAUGGUCUGUGCUUUCAGUGGAUGCUCAUCAUUUGAAAAAUGUUUUAUGAACUCCAGGAUGAAGUACGCCAGGCAAGGAUCACUGUAUUCAUGUAAAUAGAAACAUCCAACAUCUAUGAAAAUUCAAAGAGUAUAUGGAUAUAGUGAUUUACUAGCAUCAUAGCGUACACUGUUUGACAUUCACACUCUUCUCAGUCUUUAUUAUUGUCUAUGUGCACGGUGGUUUUUUGUAUUAUAGAGAGUUUUAAAUGUAUAGAUGUAAACAAACAUUUAUCUGUUAUCAAUUUACUAUAUCUCUGAUCCUGUAAUUAUUUGUGAAGAGAAACAGAAUCUGUUGACAGGGCAGUCUCCAGCUACAAUGCAAGCACAACUACUUUUAGCUGCACAGUAUAAAUUCCCUCCCCACUUCUAUUUCUGUGGCCCAGAGUAACUGUUUAGAUGGCUACUACCCACAAAUCCCAAAUUUUGAUUGGUUUAAUGAAUACCCUUGAUGCACUGUGGCAGAUGCGGGAAAAUUUGUAAAUGCUGCCAAUCCCAAAUGAUCUUGGCAGAAAGGUGUGUGCAUUUGGAGAAAUAUACAGGUGAAACUCGGAAAAUUAGAAUAUCAUCAAAAAGUGCUUAUUGAGAGUUCUGAGGACUGGAUAGAGAGGCCUGAGGUUUCCCACCUCUAAUGGAAAUGAACAUGGAAGCAGAUACAGAGAGAACCUUAUGUAGAAAUUCCAAUACACAUGAUCCUCAGGAUGAAGCUGUUAGAAUUACAUGUGUUCUUAAAUAUUCAAAUAUUGAUGUCAUUUUAUUGAACUAAGCAACACCUCUGAGGAUUUUGAAUAUAUUUUUUAAAGGAAACCUUCUUUACUGUGUUAUGAAGCACCACAGCUAAACUUUAUUAGCUUAAAUAAUUCCCAUAUGUUUUCAGCAAAAUAGUACAGGGUGAUGCCUUCAGAUUUACAGUUAAUCAUUUUUUCUCUUGCCCAUUUUGCUUUGUAAGCACAAAUUAACAUGCUUGAUAGAAAGUUUCCAGAUAUCCUGCAUGCAUGUUAAUUAAUGCAUAGUUCUGAUUUUAGUGAUAAGCACUAAAAGACAUUUUCCUUCAAAUUUUUAUGUUUGAUCUUCAAAAAAAAAAAAAUCUAAGCACACUUGGUGUGUGCUUUUUAUUUUAUUUAAAAAGAGUCUUCAUUCUGUAAUUUUAAGCUCUGUAUUCAUAGAGAAUAAUAAAAAUCUAGGGAAAGGGAAAGGAACCCUGGAUGGUUAAGUCCAGUCAAACUUGACUAUGCGGUAUCGCUUUCCAGUACUUAUAAAUGAAGGAUAUCUGAACUACAUCUGAAAGUAGUUCCCAUAAUUUAGGAAAAUUCCUGACAUGUCCUGGUUUUUGGGUGCAAAAAUGGCAUCGGGGGAAAUUUUGUGGGUGCCAGGAAUGUUACUUUUUGAAAUAUGGCAACCCUUCCAUAAUUGCCAGGGGAUCUGAAAGUGGAUUAAGUUCGGGGGGGGGGGGUUAGAAUUCUGAACAAUACCUAGUUCAUCUUCAUGUUCAUUCCCUCAUCCCACCCCCAGCAGGAGGCUUGGAUUUUUAGCUUUCUCCCCCCCCCCUAAAGUAAGCCACUCUAUAAAGAGAACUAGAAAACAAAGUGUGGAGGCAACAUUCUAAGACUUACUAGGCAGAAGUCCUUGAAUUAUUCCAUAGGCAUUUAUGGGCUCGAGCAACAACUCUGUACUUGUUGUUGCAAAUACAAUUCAUUGUUUCAGAGAGGUUACAUGUGUUCAUCACCACAGUAUCAAGAGACGACUUUAACACAUAUGAAGCAGCCAUUACAUUUCAAGCAUUGCAAUAAUAUAUAACUUUUUUGCCAUUUCAUAUCACCUGGAUGGUGAACACAGUUAUAUGGAGACAGCUUCCAAAUAUUGAGGGACUGAGAACAGCUUAUAGGCAUUCAGUUUUCAUGUAAUGCUUUUUCUUUCUGAUUUCAAGGGAAAUAGAACAAAAAACCACAUACAUGUUGAGUUCUAAUCUCUCCUGUUUAGAUUUUAGCCCUAAACUAUGGUAGAGUGUUGGAUGUGAAUGUGGCCAAUGCUGUUCAAUAGCAUUAGUUUAUGUACGGUAAUAAGUUGCAAGUAAUCAAGUUAAUCACAUGUAUCAUUGAACAUCCAUGAGCAUGGAGACUAAAACAUCAGCUGAUAUCUGUGCAGUUCUGAAGACAGUUAACUAGAUACUUAAACUGCAUUGAAAUCACUGAGUUAUAUCAUCAUGCCAGGGAUUGUCUGUGUAGGGAUGAGUUUAGCUACAAGAAUAUCAUCUGCCUUCAACCAGAAGAAUAUAGGAUCAGGGCCCAAAUAGUUUUAUUCCAAUGUAUUGCCUUUGACAAAAAAAAGGUGAUAUAAAUACUAACUUAUUUAUUUUCAGAAUACAUAUCCUUUUCCUUAAUCCUUUUGUUGUGGCUGUUAAGUGUUCUUAAACCUUUGAUCAAUACCUGUGGACAUGCAAGUUGCUAUAAAUUUCAUAUAUACUUGCACAUUGUAACCAGGAACAUGAUGCUUAUAUGUUGUUGCAUGUUUUUUUAAAAUAAAAAAAUAAAACUUUAUUUAAAUUAGUAAAUUAAUACCUACAGAUGUUGGUGGCUCUAUAUGGUUUGCAUGCCAAAACUCAUAAUUCAGUUAUAGGCAUGAAGUCUAUAGCUGUAUUACCUCUCUUGAAUAUAUUGGUAAGAUACAAUUUGAAAAGUAAUUAAUAGAGGUUCUAUAUGUAAAAAUAUUUUUCCGUUUUAUGUAAUUUUAUUGUAGUGUGGAGAUAACAAAACUACUUAUCUGUUAACUAAAUUGGCUGUAGAAAUCAUGUUUUUACAACAGUCAUUUAAAAGUCAGUAUUUAUUUAUAUAUGUUUUACAGAAGAUGGUUCAUUUGUGCGUGUCAAUGUUACUUAGAAUAAUCCUUGUAAAAACAUUUUGUAAAAAAAUAAUUGUAAAUAGGCUGCUGUAUCCUCAUUAUUUUAAUGUUUAGAUUUUGUACAUAAGUUUAAGUAAUAAACUACCCUUCUAUAUAGAAAUUUAGUCUCACGUACUGUAAUUUUUAAUUCAUUAAUUCAAAGUGCCUUCCUAUAACCACAGUUCUCCAUAGAGAGUGGUUGUGAUUCUAACCUAUGCAUGAGGCUGGUCAUUCAUAG